GUUGGGCAAACAGUAGGAGAUGCUAUCGCGGCGGGAGCAACCGCUAAAAACUCCGCAAAACGGCAGGGUACCAGCCAGUGAGUCUUUGAUUCUUGAGCGAAAAUGUUCCUGAUCCUGGUGAUACUGAUGACGAGCCCCAUUGGGGCAACGGGGAGCUUUGAGCAACCGGCCCAACUCGCCCAGUUUAUGGACAGGAUAGGACGAGUGUACCGUCUGACGGCGUUUACCGUGGCAAGCAGCGUGGAUGCGGUAGAUCCCACCUACCUGGACGGCCUCUAUCGCCAGUUGCGAAGCAACGCCUCCAACCACUUCAACCUGCUCCCGCAGAUGACGGCAACGAACGCAGAGGACACACAUUUGAAGUUUAGUGCCAUCCAGGAUGAGGAAACAGUGUACUUGGUGUUUGCAAGGAACCACACUGACGCAAUUAUAGAACUCCAAGCCAAGAGGGCCAGGGGAAGGCGCUACUGCAAGACAAUAUUCCUCCUAAGAGAUCCGAUUAAUCGUACGGAUCUGGCUCACUUCUUUGAGCUCCUUUGGCGGCUGCAGUUCAGAUCCGCCUUGGUGGUGGUCGCGAACCGCAGGUUCUACCAGAUGGACCCCUAUCCCCAAAUCAGGAUCAUUCGGAUGCGAAAGUUGGCAGCGUAUGACCCGCUCCACCUCUUUCCAUCGCCGAACGCGAAAAACUUUCAAGGAUACCGACUGCGGGUGCCAGUUCAGCAGGACAUCCCCAACACCUUUUGGUGGAUAAAUCUUCAAAAGAAGCAGUGGCACCUCGACGGCUUGGGUGGUACCCUCAUCACUAGGUUUAUGGCCCACUUGAACGUGUCCUUGGAUCUCUAUCCCCUAACGGUAAAUGGGUCCGAUUGGUUGGACCGGGAUGCCCUUAAUGGGCUGAUUAUUCAAAAUAAGAUCGAGAUGAGCCCGCAUCUGUACGAUACCAUUCACCCAAACAGCCAAGUGGACUACUCCUAUCCCACCUUGAUGUCGGAACGAUGCUUCAUGGUACCGCUGGAUAACGAUAUCCCAAGGAACCUCUACGUGUUCAUGCCCUUCCGGAGCUAUCUUUGGACUUGUUUAAUCAUCACCUCGCUCAUUUUGCACUUCGUCUAUGUGCGGAGAUUGGUGAAGAGCUCCCAGAUUUGGGCAGCCUUGGGGUUACCAGGAGCCGGCCACCGUAGAUCCAAGAACACCAAGCUCAGUAGCCUCGUAUCCAGUUCCCUGAUCCUGUUGGGGAUCUUCAUUCUGGGGCAGAGCUACACCACCAGACUCACUUCCUUUUUAGCGGUUACCCUGACUCAGAAACCGGCGGGCACUUUGGAGGAGAUCUUCAAGCUGCCCAACCGCAUCCUGGUAGUACCCUCAGACGUGGAGAUCAUCGUGGGGUCGUUGGGCCACAGCGAGGAGUUCAAACGAAAGUUUACCUUCGCGGAUCAAGCCACAUUCCAGUCCAAGCGCAUCGCAAUGGACCCAGAGUACAUCUAUCCGAUUAGCAAAGUCCGCUGGAUGUUCUUCAACAUCCAGCAGCGAUACCUGCGGAAGAAGCGCUUCAUCCUGACCGAAACAUGUCAGGGAACCUUCCCCUUUCAGUACCCCCUGAGGGUUGACUCGCAUUUCAAGGAUCCACUGCACCGGUUCCUGCUGAAGGUGCAACAAAGCUCACUGGACAAGAUAUGGUUCGAGACUGCCUACCGCCAUGCCCACUUCAUGGGCUACCUGCGGGACUUCUCCACCCUGGCGCAGUUGGAGGAGACGCUUAGGAUCAGGCCGCUGUCUCUGAAAGUCCUUUGUCCGGUCUUUAGUUUAUUCCUCUGCGGAAUGCUGGGCAGCGGAGUUGCUUUUCUCGUCGAGAUCCGCAGCAGCUUGGGGUGCAAGAUGAAAGGAAAGCCACCGCCUACUAACCGCAACCCGGGGACUCAAUCUUAAGCCUAAUCCGCAUACAAAGUAGCUCAUUUUUAACCGAAAAAAAACAAAUCGAAAUUAUUUAAACGAAUAUAAAGUCUAAUCUAAGUUUACGUAUGAUUCACACUCUCCCCCACCACCACCACCACCACCGCCACAAAACAAACAUCACCAACCUCGAAUGAACCACGAUCGGACCUAACCCAACGAAUCGAAAUUUGCAACCCAUCAUAUCCGUAUCCGUAUCCGUAUUCCCAUCGAACCCACUCCGAAUCCAUUGCUC